GGUUUGCUUCAGCGCUUCGGUUGAGCGACUGGAAGAGCGAGGGAGGAAGAGAGAUCGAGGCGAGGCGAUGAUGGGCGACGAGAAGUCGUCGAGUCCAAUGGGAAAUAGGGAGAGGGAUCGUGAGUUGCUCAUCCCCGUCGCGGACCACGACUCCGAUUCCAGGGCUUCCUCCUCCUCCGCUUGCCCUAACCACCACCACCACCACCACCACCACCGCCACUCCCACACCGGUAGAGAGGCGUUUUAUAUAGUCAUCCACAGUUGGGCUUCGAAAAAGUUCAUGACAGGAUGUGUGAUCCUCUUUCCAAUUGCUAUCACCUUUUAUAUCACCUGGUGGUUUAUUCAUUUUGUUGAUGGAUUUUUUUCUCCGAUCUAUGCUCAACUUGGGAUAAACUUAUUUGGUAAAUUGCUUGAAUCAAAAAGACAACACUUGUAUUGGACUCCAUGUGCAGCACAUUGUAUUGAUUUAAUGUUGGAAGAUAUUGGAAAGAUCUUAGAAAUCAAGAAAACCUUAGAAAGGGCAAUUUUUGUUGUUGGAUUUCUUUAUAAUCACAUUGGGGCUUUGAAUAUGAUGAGAGAAUUUACAGGGAAUAAAGAAUUAGUGAGACAUGGUGUUACCCGAUUUGCUACUUCAUUCUUGACAUUACAGAGCGUGCAUCGUCAAAAACAUACUCUGAGAAAUAUGUUUACCUCUGAGAAAUGGGUGACAAGUAAAUGGGCAAAAGAAGCAAAAGGCAAGAGGGCUGCUGAUAUCAUCUUAAUGCCAUCCUUUUGGAAUCAUAUAGUUUAUAUAUUAAAGGUAAUGGGCCCUCUUGUUCGAGUCCUUCGGUUGGUGGAUAAUGAAAAUAAGCCUGCAAUGGGAUAUAUUUAUGAGGCUAUGGAUAGAGCAAAGGAGACGAUUAAAAGAUCUUUUAAUGAAAAUGAAGAAAAAUAUGAGAAAAUUUUUACAAUCAUUGACGAAAGAUGGAAUUGUCAACUUCAUCGUCCCUUACAUGCAGCAGGAUAUUAUUUGAACCCUGAAUUCUUUUAUAAGAUUAAAUCUGUUGGAUUUGAUGCAGAAGUUUUGGGUGGGUUAUAUCAGUGUGUUGCAAGAUUAGUUCCCAGCAUUGAGGUUCAAGAUAAGAUUAUUCAUGAAUUAUCUUUAUAUAAAAAUGCUGAAGGUCUUUUUGGAAUUCCAAUUGCCGUUCGAUCCAGGACAACUACCUCUCCAGCUGAAUGGUGGAGUCUAUUUGGAAAUUCCACCCCGAACUUACAGAAAUUUGCUAUCAAAGUACUUAGUUUGACAUGUAGUGCUUCGGGUUGUGAGCGAAAUUGGAGUGUCUUUGAGCAUAUUCACUCGAAGAGAAGAAAUCGGUUAGAACAUCAACGAUUGCACGAUCUUGUUUACAUAAAGUAUAAUCAAGCUUUGAAGACUCGUCAUGAUUUGAAAAAUAGAUUUGAUUCAAUCUCAUUGCAAGAUAUUGAUGAUUCAAAUGAGUGGUUAGUAGGAGAAAUGGGUGCUAACUUGCAAGAUGCUGAAGACGAGCUUGUAUUUGAAGAUGAUAGAUUGACGUGGGGAGAUGUGGCAAGAGCUUCAGGUGCUGGAGAAUUACAAACAUAUACAAGACAGAUGUCAAAGAGAAAAAUGAGUGCAAAAGCAUCAAGCUCGGCUCCUGCUAUUGUUGAAGACAUAGAGAAUGAAACAUAUCUUGAUGAAGAGGAAGGAAUCGAAGAACAAGAGGAAGAAGACGAAUUCAAUGAAGAUGAUUUGUGUGAAAAUGACGAUAAUAUUGAUUAUGAUGAAUGACUUUGAUGUAAAAUUUUAAUGUUUUGAAUUUUGAAACUUUUUGUUAAUGUGACAUUGUGAUUUUGUAUAUUAGAUUUUCUUAAUUGAAUAGCAUAUUUUUAUUUAAAAUUUUAAAUAAUUAUAUUUAUUAAUUAUAUUAUAUAUUUUUAUAUUUUAGCGCCUCGCUUCGCUCGGGCGAGCGCCUGGGCGAGCGCCUAGCGCCUCGGGCGUUUUUGGACCUUGGCGCCUUUUGGCGCCUAGCGCUUUUUAAAUCACUGUCUACGUGUGUGUUCAUCCACAUGUCUUGGAGCAUGCGCUACACAUGCACAAUUCUUGGAGCGUACUCAACAAUGUGCAUGCACAAUUGUAUCAUGUAAAUUUUUCUUGCUUUGUCCUUUGUUAUGCUUGGGGUGGAACAUUUUGGAAGCACUUGGGGUUUUUCACUAUUGUGGAGCAAACACAGGUGUAAGAUAGCUAAAUUUGAAGAAGAGCCUUUGCCAUAGAUUCUUUUAAUUUGUCCCCCUUCCUGUCAAUGUUUUGUUUUCUAAAUGCUGAAUCCUUACCU